ACACAUAACAAGUUUGGCAACAAUAAUUCCAUAUUAUAGAUCAUGGCGGCUAUGUUAGACAUGAGUGAACCCACCAUGAUGCCUUCUUACUCUCCUUUCUUCUUGCCUUCAUUUCAAGACCAACCUCUAAUUACAACAACUUCAUGCCAUGAAUCUUUCUCCCCAUUACCAUCUUCAUAUCACAUUAAUAACACAUUCAAUGGAGGACAUGAAGUGCUUUCUUUUCCACCAGACAUCUCCUCAAUCCAGACUUGUGGCAAUAAUGAUAUGAAGAGAUUAAAAGUGGAUGCUGAUCUUAAGAUUGGAUUCAGAACAAAGUCUCAAGUUGAGAUUCUUGAUGAUGGAUUCAAGUGGAGAAAAUACGGAAAAAAGUCCGUAAAAAACAGCCCGAACCCGAGGAAUUAUUAUAAGUGUUCAAGUGAAGGAUGUGGAGUGAAGAAAAGAGUGGAAAGAGAUCCUGAGAAUUCAGAGUAUGUGCUUACAGUGUAUGAAGGUGUGCAUAACCAUCAGAGCCCAGCAAAUGUUUCAGUCCAAGAAAUUAAUACAUCUUGGUCAUCUUCUUCUUCUGAUCAGAUUUAUGCAUUUGAUGCUUAUUCUAAAUGCUUCUAGUUUUAUAAUUGCUGUUUUUUCAGAGACUUAUAUCAUAGUUUCUGAGUAUAUAGCAGUAAAAUUUAUUCUAGAUAUGCAUUUAGUUGGAUUGUUGUUUUUUCAGAGACUUUGUAGUUUCUGAUUAGAUAUAUAUUGCAGUUAAAACUUGUAUUAAACAUGGGGACAAACAAUA